AUGGAGAACUCUGCGUCGUCGGACGAGGCUAUCGCUGCCGACAAGGCGCGAAUCGACGAGCUCAAGGCUAAGCUCGAUGACCCCGAGGCGAAGAAGGUCAGCGACCGCUUCGACUCGCUCAAGAAGGAGAUGGACGCGCUUCGUGCCGAGGGCGACAAGGCGUACCAGGAGCGUAACAAGCUGUUUGACGAGCGCCGCGCCCUCGAGAAGCAGAUGGACGAGCUCUACGGCAAGAAGCGCGCCUCGGCUCAGGCGUACAACGAGGCCAAGGACGCCUACUACGCCAAGGUGCAGGCUAUCCGACAGGCGCGCCAGGAGAAGUUCAAGGCGGAGAAAGCUAAGGAGGACGCCGCCCGCCGGGACGAGGAGAUUGCCCAGAUGCGCGAGGACGCCAAGGUGCCCGCGUACACGAGCGAGAUCGAGGACUGCAAGCUGCUCAUCAACUACCUGACGGGCAAGAGCGAGGACACGCAGACCACCGCGGAGAAGAAGGCCGGCUCGGGCAUUGCGGGCGUCAAGGAGCUCGAGGUGCGCAAGGUCGAGGCCGACUUUGCCGGCAUGCGCCUGAAGAAGAAGGACGAGGAGCUCGAGGGCUUUUUCGGCGGAUCGGGCAAGGGCAAGAAGAAGGGCGGACGCAAGGGCCAGGCCUCUGCCAACGGCUCGGGAACCGCGACCCCGACGACGCCCUCCAACGACGCCGUCAACCUCCCCCUCGGCAUGCGGGCCGCGACGACCGCCGCCCAGACCCAGAAGGAGAUUGAGCGCGUCGAGAAGCUCGUCGCCAAGAUGCAGAAGAAGAACGGCGACGCCGGCGCCGACGCCGACGCCGAGGGCGACAAGGACGCCGAGGAGAAGAAGGACGAGCCCGCCGCCGCGGCCACUGAGGCGUAA